AUGUCUAUCUAUUUCAGUCUGUUAUCAAAUGCUUCUCUGGUGAUUUUUCAUAUCAGGGACCUGAACGCAAAUGAUUUACCAGCAGUUCGAUCACCACAUCAGUUUUUUGCAUUCUUUCUACAAGAGUCACCUUCCUUCAGCGGAAGUGGUCUCAGUUCAGUACCAACCGACUACUUCAACGUGUCUCUAUCAUAUAGGCUUGACAGUGAUGUGCAGGUUCCAUAUGGGCGUUUGAAACGCAUUCGUAAGUCAUCUACUCGUGAGCAUGUCUGGAGUUGGGAGGAGGUGCUUAAUCGGACUGCUCACAAGAAAGAGGCUGUUACGGUUUUCGUAUCCCACUGUGAGACGCCGUCAAAACGUGAAACGUAUUAUGGAGAACUUUCCAAAUACAUCACAGUGAACCAGUAUGGAGAUUGUUCUGGAAGGCGCAUCGAUCAGCAAAGUGCUGAAAAGGCUAUCGCAGAUCAUUACUUCUACUUGGCGUUCGAGAAUAGUGUUUGUCAAGAUUAUGUGACCGAGAAAGUGUUCAGUCGAAUCAACCAACUGAUCGUACCAAUCGUACUGAAGAGAUCAAUCAUUAACAAAUUCCUCCCAGACAAUUCGUUUAUCGCUGCUGACGAUUUUCAUUCACCUAAGGAACUGGCUGAAUAUCUGCAGUAUUUGAUGGCUAAUCGAACUGAAUAUGAGAGAUUUUUUGAAUGGACAAAGACAUAUGAAAAGGAUUGUCACGUGGAUUCUACUUGUGAUAUAUGCAAAUUCUUGCAUGAAACAGUGAAUAAGCACCGGAUAGUGUCAGAUAUCCGAAAAUGGUGGUAUGGUGGAGAGAAUGAUAGCAUAUGCGAAAAUGGUUAUGCCGAGCGUCUUAUGUAA